AUGGAUUCAAUCGACCCUGCAACUCCUCUCACAGAUGCCGAAUGUGAGAUCCUGCGAGAAAUCUAUCAGGAAAUCUAUCAGGACGAAGAUGUUACCAUAACCCGCUCUACUCGACGCAGACGCUCCCCCUCACCAGAGACAGACCGUCCUCGUCGAAACCUUCGACCCCGACUUACUCGGCCCAGCUACAUCGCGCCAGACCCAGAGGAAGACGACUUAUACUCCAACUCGUCCGAAGACGUCCCAUUGACGACCACUCAACCCAAUCAAAAUACCAUCAAUCAGCCCACCAUAACCUCAGGCACAGCUUCACCCGACGUCGGUCCCUUGCCGGUAUCUCAAACCGACGGAAAUGUCACCAUUGAACCGCCCACACCCUCCGAUACAGCGCCACCAAUCGAGCCAGCCUCACCCUCCGGCACUUCCCCAAUGACCUCUCAAAUCAAGACAGCAGCCGAGGAGCCGGAUAUCGACUCCGAAGCUGAAGAAGAGCGUAUGAUCCUCUCCGCCAAGGCCAAAGUCGCCUCACUCGAACAAACCUAUGCAAAAAACCGCAGAGUGCGGGAAAGGGCUGCUGUGUUUGCCACCAAAAUGUCUGAUAUCAAAGACCUCCAAGACGCGCUCAAAGGGGAGCUGGUGGAUUUGAAGAUGGAGUCGGAUGAGGUCUUGCAGGAGGUACUGGAGAGGCUCAAUGACCCGAUUGUGGAGCUGAAGACGAGCAUGGCGGAGUUGUUUGAGCCGUUGGAGAAGAGGGAGAUUAAGGGGUCAAUUGAUAAGAAGCUUCAAAGACGGACGAAAGUUCCUGAUGGGGAAAGUGAGAUGAAACCUGUGGAGAGGAAUGACCGGGAAAGUGACGGAGCCUCCGUUAGUAUGAGUGAUAAGGAUAACGGAGAAGUCGACAAAACAUCAAUCGCCGAGGAUGAUAAAAGUGAGGACGAAGAUGGUGACAAGAGCGAAACAAUGAGCGAUACCAAGGAUGAUGAGAAUGAUGGGAGUAAUGAUGAAGAUUCUGAGUUCACUGAGGGCGAUCGCAGUGUGCAUAGCGACUUUACCUUUGGCGACAGCGACGAUAAUGCUUCUGACGAUGGCGAUGGCUACAAGAUGUAUCGAAGAAACAAGAAGAUCAGCGUUAGUGAGGACGAUGGGGAUGAUGGUGAAGAUUAUGAGAGAAAAGUGGACGAUUUCGACCUGGAAGACGACUUUCGCGGACCCCACAGCGACUAUGAGGAUCAUGAAGAUAGCGAUGGCGACGAGGGAUAUCAAAAGUAUGGUGACAGGAGCAAAAAAACCAGCGCUUUUGAGAAUGAUGAGGAUGAUGAUGAGAAUUAUAAGAGCGAUGAGAGCGAGGAUAAGCCUGGCAGCGAUGAUCUUAAUGAGUAUCAUGGGGAUACCGAUGAAGAAGAUAUACAUGACGUGGGGACCACGAGGAAAUUGAUCCGAGGAUAUUAA